CUCCGAUUCGCCCGCUUUUUGCACCUUCCCCUCGGCGGCUCGACAAGAAACCCCGGGUUUGUCGGCCGCUGAUGUUCAGUAGGCACGGAGGUGAUCAGUCGUGGCUGCUUCCUGGGUUGAGAUACCCGUCCCGACCCAGAGCUCAGAAGUCCAGACUGCUGGAAGAGUAAAAGACAGCGAGAGAGAACAAGUGGAGACGAGGAAACGUGGAUCCUUGGUGGACCUUGUGGAAUGUUAUAAUCUACAGAAUACAUCAUUACUGUAUUGCCCUCACCUUUUUAUCAUUGAAACACUAAUAUCAUUUCUUGGAGACCCUGAUCAUCUUUAAACAACUGGCAUUGAGAAUUGGCUCGUUUGCCAGUAGCAGGAACCUGACUGAGCAGGUUUUACUGACCUGGAAUAGGUUAUUUUGCAACAGGCGAAUUGGGAAACGCCUUCUUUUUUUGAAAGCCCUUCUUAUCGCCAAGAUCUACUCUACCCUACAUUCUGUGCUCUUGGAGUUUAAGUUGCUGAUUGACCUGCUACCACCUCCACUCCCCCUGCUUCUCGUCAGGGACAUUCACCUGGCUGGGAGUGGGAGGUGGGUGGACUGUUUUUUUACCAGGUGGAGAGUUGGCUCAGUGGGUUUGUGCUAUGGUCAGCUGCUCAUUACCGUGCUGCUCAUACUCAGCUUCUGAGGGACUCUCUGUGCGACCCCAGGACAAGGGAUAGUACGCGGGCAGAGGGCAAAGAGAAAAAGGAGGAGGCGGCGCUACGGCGCAGGCCCGGUUCUUUCCUCGGCUUACAGUCCCUUUUUUGUGUGUGGUCAUUGCGGUAAGGCCUGAGGGGUCCCCGCACCCACCCAGACCGUAGCCAUGGUGAAACUGGCCAACCCAAUGUACACUCAAUGGAUCCUAGAGGCCAUCAAGAAGGUGAAGAAGCAGAAGCAGCGACCUUCAGAGGAGCGCAUUUGCAAUGCGGUUUCCAUGUCCCAUGGUCUGGAUCGCAAAACGGUUCUGGAGCAGUUGGAGCUCAGUGUCAAGGAUGGUACCAUCCUUAAGGUCACAAACAAAGGUCUCAACUCCUACAAGGACCCUGACAACCCAGGGCGCUUGGCUCUGCCCAAGCCCAAAAGUAGUGGCAGCUCUGGAGGAGGAGGAGGCGGUGGAGGAGGAGGAGGCGGCGGCGGUGGUGGUGGUGGAAGCAGCAGUGGCGGUGGUAGUUCUCACUCCCAUUCUGGGAAGAAACCGGGACUUGACUGGAACAAGUUGAUCAAACGGGCACUGGAGGGGCUCCAUGAGCCUGGUGGCUCCAGCUUAAAGAACAUUGAGCGCUUUCUCAAGUGCCAGGCUGAUGUGGCGGCCUACUUGUCAAGCAGGGACUCUGUGGGGUCUGGCAUCUUCCACCAGCAGCUAAGGGUGGCCCUGAAGAGGGCCGUGGCCCAUGGACGUGUGGUCAAGCAGGGUCCAAUGUUCCAGCUCAUCAGCCGCAGCAGCUGCCUGGAUGACGGGACCGGGACGGUGUCUCUGGAAUCACUGCCACCCGUCCGGUUGCUGCCCCACGAGAAAGACAAGCCGGUGGCGGAGCCUAUCCCCAUCUGCAGCUUCUGCUUGGGGACCAAGGAGCAGAAUCGCGAUAAGAGGCCGGAGGAGCUCAUCUCCUGCGCCGACUGUGGCAAUAGUGGCCACCCGUCCUGUCUCAAGUUCUCCCCAGAGCUCACAGCGCGAGUCAAGGCUCUGUGGUGGCAGUGCAUCGAAUGCAAGACUUGCAGCAGCUGUCAGGAUCAAGGGAAGAAUGCGGACAACAUGUUGUUCUGUGACUCCUGUGACCGGGGCUUCCACAUGGAGUGCUGUGAUCCUCCCCUCACGCGUAUGCCAAAAGGCAUGUGGAUUUGUCAAAUCUGCCAACCCAGGAAAAAGGGAAAGAGGCUUUUACAUGAAAAGGCAGCACAAAUCAAACGGCGCUACAACGCACCCCUGGGGCGGCCCAAGAACAGGCCGGGACGGCCCUUCAAGAAGCUGGGCGGGCGUGGUCGGCGGAAGCGCUCGGCCUCAGCCAACUCCUCCUCCAGCUCCUCCUGCGAGGGUUACCCUGGUGACGACCGGCUGCUUUUUUCGAUGCGGGACGACGACGACAUGUCGCAGGGCAGCCUGCGCUUCAACAACAAGACCAAGGGCCUCAUCGACGCCCUCACAAAGUUCUUCACUCCGUCGCCGGAGGGCCGCAAGGCACGGCAGGAAGUAGUGGACUAUUCACAGCAGUGCCGCAUCCGAAAGAAAGCCAAUCGCAAAGGAGAGGGAGACGACAGAGACAAUCAGGAAGGCAGCGACUGGCGUGACGAAGAUGAGAAACUGCCCGGCCACGAGAACCUGACGGAAAAGGACAUUGAGCUGUUCAGACACAUCCAGGAGCUGGCACUGCAGAAAGUCGGGGUGACGGGUCCACCUGAUCCUCAGAUGCGCUGUCCGUCAGUCAUCGAAUUCGGCAAGUUUGAAAUCCAGACGUGGUAUUCAUCUCCCUACCCCCAGGAGUACAGCAGACUACCCAAGCUCUACUUGUGUGAGUUCUGCCUGCGCUACAUGAAGAGUCGCAGCAUCCUCUACCAGCACAUGAAGAAGUGCAACUGGUUCCACCCCCCUGCUAACGAGAUCUACAGGAAGGAGGAUGUCUCUGUAUAUGAGGUUGAUGGGAAUGUGAGCACAAUCUACUGUCAGAACCUGUGUCUGCUGGCCAAGCUGUUCCUGGACCACAAGACCCUCUACUAUGAUGUGGAGCCCUUCCUUUUCUACGUCCUGACCCAGAACGACAGCAAAGGUUGCCACCUUGUUGGCUACUUCUCCAAGGAGAAGCACUGUCAACAGAAAUACAACGUGUCAUGCAUCAUGAUUCUUCCACAGUACCAGCGCAGGGGCUACGGACGCUUUCUCAUCGACUUCAGCUACUUAUUGUCCAAGCGCGAGGGCCAGCCAGGAUCUCCAGAGAAGCCUCUGUCCGACCUGGGCCGACUAUCCUACAUGGCCUACUGGCGCAGUGUGGUGCUGGAGUGUCUCCAUGACGUCUGCGAUCGGCAGAUCACCAUACGACAGCUAAGCAAACUGACGGGGAUCUGUCCGCAGGACAUCACCACCACCCUGCACAGUCUCAACAUGCUGGAGCAGCGAGGAGACAGGCUGGUCCUGGUGCGUAGGGAGAAGCUGGUGUCCAACCACAUGACUCGUCUUAAGGCCCGGCCAAGGCAGCUGGAUGUCGACCCCGAGUGUCUCCGCUGGACCCCCGUCAUCGUAACCAACACUGUGGUCUCUGACGCCGAUGGAGAUGACGACGAUGACGAGGAGGACGAUGAACCAGAGGAGCACAACCGCAAGGAGAUCAAACCAAGUCACAAGGUCCCACCAGUGUCCUGGCACAUGCGUCACGGGAAAAAGAGGGUUGAGGAGGAGGAGGAAGAGGAGGAGGAAGAGGAGAGAAAGUGCUUCCUGGGGUUUCCCAUUAGCCAAAGCUCUCCGACUUGCCCACCCAUUCGCUGUCCACCCUCUGUCCCAGAGCCACCACGUCCCCCUCCCCCAUCAAACGGAGAACGAAGACCACGGGGGCGCCCGCCCAAAAACUGGCCCUGGGGCAAGGUGAAAGACAGCGCACGGGUGGGACGGCCACCCAAGAUCCGCCCGGUGGAGGUGGAGGACGAGGACGACGAAGACGACGGAACAGAGGGAGGAAAAACCACGGGCUCCGCCAGCAACCCCCCCUCCCUUUUCUCCCUGGACAGACCAGCAGAAUCCACAGCCUUUCACUCACUGGACAUGGCCAGACACCCCUCCUUAACGCCCACAAGAAGAGGGCGGCCCCCGAGGAAAAAGAGAGGCCCUAAGCCCAGAUCGAUGGAAGGGCCCGGGGAGGGGCUGGCACAGCUCCCCGUGGUUUCCAGGUUGAACGAGUCUCUGCCCGUCAGGCAGAGCUGCUUCAGUGAAAGCAGCGAAGAGGAGGAGGAAGACGAUGACGAAGAUGAUGAUGAUGAGGAGAGGAGGGCAUGCUCCCCACCCAUCCUCACCAAGCCUGCCAUGGGGCUCAAAUGCAAGAAGCCACUGAGGAAGCGUCGCUUUCGUCAGCGCAGCCACCCUCACAGCAGCGUGGUGACGGAGACGAUCUCUGAGACCACAGAGGUGUUGGACGAGCCUUUUGUAGACUCCGACUCAGAGAGGCCUAUGCCCAGGCUGGAGGAGGAGACGCCGAUGGGCCACCCACUGCACCGCUACCCGCCAGCCCGCUCUGUCAUGAGGUUGUCUGACCCGGCACCCAAAAGGAGCCGGCACUCCAACCUCACAGAUUCAGAGGAAGACGAGCUCACACCUGUGCUGAAGCCUGUGGCCGCUCUGCCAGCAACUCCAUCAGAGACCCUAGCGGCCAACCCCGAGGUCCCAGUCAAGAAGAAGAAAGGCUGGCCCAAGGGAAAGAGCCGCAAACCACUGCACUGGAAGAAACGAGGACCUGGAAAUCCACCUGGUGGCGCAGCCGCAGACAGCCAGGCCCAGAGUGGGGAUCCGCCACCGCCCAAAAUCAAGAUGAAGCCUGGCCGGAAGCCCCGGAGCUGGUACCUGCAGAGGGCCCAGGAGGAGGCGGAGAGGCAGGAGCAGGAAAGACAAAGGCUGUCGGAGCAGCAGCUGGACAAAGAUCCUCAGCUGCUCCAGACGGACGACCGCAACAGCAAGCGAGUCUGCAGAACCACCGCCGACCGAGACGCCAAACAGAAAGACUCCGAUGAAGAAGACGACUAUCACCCUAAACCUGUUGAGCAGAAGGUGCCCAAGAGGCCAAGAGGGAGACCGCCCAAGAACCGCGCCCUCCACCCGCCACCGCAGCCCGCCCCCAAACCACCUCCCGCCUCUGAGCCGGAGGAAGAAGAGGAGGAGGAGGAGGAAGAGGCCGAAAGAACCUGGGAGGAAGACAAACCCAGCCCCCCGUCCCGUGCCCUACUGUCCCCUUUGUCCUCGUCUUCUAACUCAGGGCCCCGGGCCCCACAGUCCCGGCCUCAGGACACAGAUAUGGGUGACAGGGAAGAGGACGAUGACGACGAGGAGAGGGAGGAAGAGGAAUGUGGCAGCACGGGCAGCGGCGGCGGAAGCAUCAACAGGCGAGCCGCGGUCACACCCGGUUCAGGAAGCAGGCGCAGCGAAGACCACGACGCGGAUGACGAAGGUGAUGGACACUUGGAGGACAAGAGCAACGGCAGCAGCAGCAACAACAACAACAACAACGGCAGUAAAAAGAGAAAAAGUCAGGACUCUGAAGAUGAAGAAGACGAUGAGGACGAGGAGGAGGAACCCGCCUCGCGUGCCAGCUCUCCUCCGGUCAAAGAAGAACCCCAGGGCGGAGAGGCUUUUUUAGACAUGGAGAACAGCGUGGCCCGAGACUAUGUCAGCAAGCAGGAGGAGGAAGAAGAAGAGGAGGAGGAGGAGGCUGAGGAGGAGGCGCCGGAGGCCAAGUGUCGGCCCUCCUCCGCCGACCCGCAGCAGGAGGAGAGGCGGCGGCGGGAGCAGGAGGAGUCGGCGGCAGCGGCGGCGGCGGUGGAAACUGUCACAGCCAUGUCUGCGCCCUCCGAGCCCAUGGAGCUCCAGUCUCUGCACCCGGACGACAAGGACGUCACGCUGUUGAUGGAACCCCAACACACGCACACACACUCCCACGCGCACCAGCACCCCGACUUCAAGGAGGAGCUGGGCCACCACCACCAACACCACCCCCAUCACCACUCCAACGAGCUGGACCUGGAGACCAUGCAGGCGGUCCAGUCCCUGACAGGGGAGGCCCAGGACGAAGAGGCCGAACCCCAGCCGCACCACGGGGCCUACCAGGACUGCGAGGAGACACUAGCGGCCUGUCGGACCCUGCAGAGUUACAGCCACACAGGGGAGGCCGAGGACGAGGCUCUGGCCCUGGUGGAGGAGUGCGGGGCCUCCCAACACAGCAGCCCCCUCCCCAAUCCCCGGUGCCCCCUUCCCAGUCAGUCCGUGCGCUCGGUGAACAGCCCCGGGUUGACCUCGGGCAUCAUGGACACGACGGCAGCAGGGCAGAGGGGAGGGACGCCUGGCCCCACUGGAGCAGGGGGAGGUGCUGGAGGAGCAGGUGGAGGUUACACCCAGAUCACGCCCGAACACCCCAGCUCUCUGUCCGCCCCCUCCCAGCAGAACAUGGAGACGUCGCCAAUGAUGGACGUACCGUCUGUGUCGGACCACUCGCAGCAGGUGGUGGACAGCGGCUUCAGUGACCUCGGCAGCAUAGAGAGCACCACCGAGAACUACGACAACCCCAGCAGCUACGACUCCACCAUGGGCGGAGGGGACGGAACGGGGAACGGAGGAGGAAUGUCGGCUAAUGUGGUUGGCGGAUCUACCACGGCUUCCUCGUCGUCGGCCUCCUCUUCUUCGAGCUCGGCCACCCCGUCCUCCUCCUCCCAGUCCAACAGCUGCUCCUUCGUGCCGGCCCCCAGCCUCACCUCCUCCACAGGGUCGGGAGGAUCCCAACUAGGGAUGGGCAGCUGUAGCCACAUCCAGCAAACGGGGCCAGGACCCAACGGCGGACCGGGUUCCAGUAACGUAGGCGGUGCUGUACCCCAGCCGCCCCCACCCCCACCACCGUCAAACACCCCCAGUUGUGGCAUUAAGUCUCCUCAGAGCUGUGGUGUGAUCGAGAGGCCUCCCAGCACCAACCAGCAACAACAGCAGCAGCAACAGUCCCAAAAAAAGGUUCCUCAGCAGCAACAAGCCCCCAACCCUCCGCCGUCGGCACCCCCACCCCAACAGCAACAGCAACAACAGCAACAACAACAACAACAGCAACAACAACAACAACAACAGCAGCAGCAGCAGCAACAACAACAACAGCAGCAGCAGCAGCAGCAGCAGCAGGCCCUCUCCCAGUGUAGCAUGGGCAAUGGUUUCGCCUCCACACCCAUGAUAAUGGAGAUUCCCGAGAGUGGAGGCGGAGGAGGGGGCCGCUCUCUGUACGAGCGCAUGGGUCAGGACUUCGGCACGGGGGGCUACCCUCAGCCCUCGGCGACCUUCAGCCUGGCCAAACUCCAGCAGCUCACCAACACCAUCAUGGACCCCCACGCCAUGCCCUACUCUCAUUCGGCCUCCGUCACCUCCUACGCCACCAGUGUUUCUCUCUCCAACCCCGGGCUGGCCCCUUCACCCCACACAUCCCUCCCUCAGGGCCAGCCCACUAUGACCCCGCCUCCCAACCUCAGCUCUGGCUCCAUGAACCUGGGCUCCCUGCAGCUACAGUGCAACAUGCCCACCGCCAACAUCGGCCUGGGACCCCCGCCGCACACGCAACGGCUACAGGGCCAGAUGGCCACGGUCAAAGCCCACAUCUCCAUCCGGUCCAAACCCCCUCAGCAGCUGGCCCCGGCCCCGCACCAGCAGCAGCUGUACGGUCGCAGCUCGGGGGCCGUGGCCAUGCAGGGCACGCCGCGCACCCUGGCCGUGCAGCGCGGCAUGAUGCCAAACCUCAUGCCCACGCCAGCGCCGUACAACUCCAUGAACAUGCCCCUCAACGCCAUGUCAGCCGGUUACAGAAUGCCCCAACCCAUGAUGAACAGUGGUUAUCACGGCAACCCCCCUUACAUGAAUCAGCCAGCUCAGUACCCCAUGCAGAUGCAGAUGGGCAUGAUGGGAGGGCAGGGUUACCCGCAGCAGCCUAUGCAGCCCAAUCACCACGGCAACAUGAUGUACACUGGCCCCUCCCAUCACAGCUAUGCCGGUGUCCCUAAACAGUCACCUUACAUGAGCAGAUGAGCAGCCAGGAACUGAGAAAGGAGACAUGAGGGCCAGAGUUGAUACUCGCUGUACUCUAAAUGUCCAUAACUCCUGUUCACCCUCUCCAGUGCUACGGCAGGCACACAGGCGGAGGAGGUGAUGGAGACAGAGAGAGGGUCUUUGGGUUUCCUGUUUUUUCUGUGUUGUCAUUUCGUCCCUUUUUAUUUUUUAAUUUGGGCUCGUUUCCCCCUCCCCCAUCCAGCCGGUUGUGUAUGGGAACAAGUGGGGUCCCGGGUCGGGGUGUGUACAUGGACCUCUGCCGUGCCAUGCUGCUUCAGGCCCACACAGUCCUCUGUCAUGUGACUUCACACAGAGGGGCUCCAGGAGGCUCCUCGUCCUCGCGAGGAGAGGAGGGGGACGAGAACGACGAGAGGAGACACACAGAGAAGGACGAUACAGGAGUACCUCGCUUUGUCAGGCCGCGAAUGGAAGAACAGUGGUUAACUGAAUAUACUCAACCAUGCACACAAUCUUUUAAUUGAUAUAGGAAGCCUUACCUUGGAGGAAAAAAAGAGACGAUGAAACAUUGUAGGCGGACUCUUGUUUUGUUAAACAUAAUGUUGAACUUUAUUUUCGUUGUUGUUUUCGUUGAUUGUUUUUUGAAAUACUCGUGUGCAGUCCGACCUCUUAUAUGCUUUGGUCUUUAUAUGUGUGUGGCAUUCUGAAAAACGGUGAUACACCCUCUUCCUCGCUCAGAAAUACCCCGAAACAUCUCUGUGGCUGUUCACCGAGUUCCGGAAAAGGCAUAGGAGCGGGGCCUCGGGCUGUUUCCAGAGUCUCUGUCUUCCCCGGAGGGACCUUUGUACCAAAAAAAAAACAGCAAAGACACAGAAGAGACGACGAGCGCAUUACUGUCUAUUAAAUGUCCAUAAAAUGAAACAAGUAGCAUUAUUUUCCAGUUUGCCGCCACUCUGAAAACGUUUAGAUGUAAAUAUUCUGGUACUUCCCAAUAUCCAGCGCGCACUCACACACCAACACUUACAAACACACACAGACGCUGGCUAGCUAUCGGCAAACGGUGGCUAGCUCAGGAAAGUACAACAUUAAGCUGUACUUGUCCACACACUCCACUGACAGACGGUGUACUUUGUCAGCCUUUUUGUUUUUUAUUUUUUUAAGCAGUUUAGGGAAUGCAGAUCAAACGGUGUGAUUUCCAUUUGUCUGCUUCAAGGAAAGUCGGUUAGCUAUAGCUGACCUCUCUUACUUAAGUGUUAGUGACUGAAAGAGGUCCAGGAGUCUGUUUUUGAAUAGUGUAUUCUGUUAAAACUGUACUUCUUCCUUUUUUUUUUUUUUUUUUUUUUUUUUUUUUUUCUGCAAAAUUCUGCACUUCCAUUGGCUAGACGUAUGGCAGUAGACGGGUUCACCUUUAUAAAAGGUGGGCCUCAAUGCCUGAUCUAGUGCAUGGUCCGGCCCUCACAUAGAGGCACACUCAUAUAAAAGCAGGGUCGAAGGUGACAAAGUGUUCGAGGUUCUGCUGGUUGGGGUGAAACGGUUGACCUUGUUGCUCCAUGUACCAGUAUUCAAAAGUCAAAAGAGGAGUUUUCAUUUUCUUACAGACCUGACAUUGCAUACUUUAUUUGUGUGUAUUGUUCUGUUCUGUACUUAUGUUGUUUUUUUUAUUUUGUUUCUUUCUGAAUUUUAUCAGACUGGGCAGCUUUCUUUUAUGACACAAGCUGACUCUUUUUGACUUUAGAAAACCUAUUGUAGAGAAAAUGUUUUUUCUAUAAUAUAAAAAGGAAACUCUGACAUUGAUAUUGGUACUGUCAUUUUUUUCACUUCUGUUUCAGGAAAAAAAAAAAAAAAAACAAUACAUAUUUUUUAGCUCGCCUCUUGGGUAAUAAUUACUAAGAAAUUCAAAAUUUAAAAAAAUUACCACUCACUUUUAGUGACUUUAAGAUGCCUUUAACCUCUCCAUUCCAUCUCAUCUCUAGAGUUUUUCUAUCUUUGUGUAGUUAUAUUAAUGCUAUUUUAAACAAAAAGGACUACAAAUAUCUAAAGGUCACUUGGCAUUCUUUUCUUUUUUUACUUGUGUGUGUAUAGGAUGACUUCCUUACAUUUAAGAGGCAUGUAAAAAGGAGCUCAGUAUAUUUCUGUCUGUUUAUAUCGCUUCCCUUUUUGUAUCCUUUGUAAUUGUACAUGUUGCGUUGUAUGCUAAGAGAGAGCGCAAAAUAAAGAGAGGACUGACAGCGAUGGUUGGAUUGCGCUCAGCGGCCUCGACUCUCUACUCUGUCCCUGUAUGUAUUUCCAUUUAUUCUGUUUUUUUUUUUUUUCUUUCUUUCUUAGCAAGUACUUUCAAAGAACUCUGUACAUUUUAACAUAAAAUGAAAAUAAAUUAUGU